GUCCGGUCCGGAUUUGGGGCGGAGAUUGGGUGAUUGGCAGUAACUCCCCGGGCUAGCUAAGCUGGAAGCCGGAGACGGUAAAGGAGGUGCCUGGCUGCCGCGAGGCCGAGUGUGCUUAUUGGAUCAUGUGCUGCUAUGUAUGCCUGAAGUACUUGAAAUGCAAAUUUGGAGACACUUUGCCAUCUAAAUGCUUGGCUGGAUUAAGCGCCUAAUUAGGAUGGUUUUUCAACAGGUUGGAGUAAGCAUGCAAUCGGUACUUUGGUCUGGGAAGCCAUAUGGUUCAUCUCGAAGUAUUGUAAGGAAAAUUGGUUCCAAUUUAUCUCUGAUCCAGUGCCCAAGAGUUCAGUUUCAGCUUACCAGCCCUACAACAGAAUGGAGCCCGAGCCAUCCAAGAGAGGAUGCAGUGGUGUCUUUUGCUGAUGUUGGAUGGGUAGCCAAAGAAGAAGGAGAGUGUUCAACAAGACGAAGGACAGAGGUCAGAUCAAGGCAACCCCUUCAGGAUGACCUUCCUUUCUUCGAGAAGCUGCCAAGCAGGCAGUUUUCCUUACCAAACCUGUCUCCAGAAGAUCCUCAACAGAAGACAGCACUAGCAAAUGAGGAAGCAUUGCAGAAGAUCAGUGCCCUUGAAAAUGAACUUGCUGCUCUCAGAGCUCAGAUUGCCAAAAUUGUGACCCUGCAAGAACAGCAAAAUCUCAUUGCAGGUGACUUAGAUCCUGCCAUAUCCGUUACUACACCACCGUCCUCUGCCCACCCCUCCCCCCAUCCAGGGCUCCACCAAAGUGUAUCAUCAGCUAUUGACCUGAUAAAAGAGCGAAGAGAGAAAAAAGCCUGUGCUGGAAAGAGCAGUCCAAAGAAACCCGAUGUGCCAAAUAUGCUAGAGAUCCUUAAAGAUAUGAACAGUGUAAAACUUCGGUCAAUAAAAAGGUCAGAACAGGAUAUAAAGCCCAAACCAGUGGAUGCUACUGACCCUGCUGCCCUCAUAGCAGAGGCUCUGAGAAAGAAAUUUGCUUACCGAUACCGAAGCGACAGUCCGGGUGAAGCUGAAAAAGGGAUUCCAAAACCUGCGCCAGAGGCCACCUCAGAAACAGUGUUGUUUGGGCCACACAUGUUGAAGUCUACAGGAAAAAUGAAGGCUUUAAUUGAAAAUGUCUCAACUUCCUAAGAGACAGAAGAGAAAAACAAUCCUCGUUUCACCUAUUGGUUUGUUAGGGCUGUUUGGCAAGUAGAAAUCCACACUAUUUAGUAAAUACCUGAAUUUAGUAUUCAGUGGUUUCCUUUAAGUCUAAUUAGAUUCAGCAAUAACAAAAGCACUCUAAGUUUGUGGGUUUGUUUUUUAUGAGAAGAUUAGUUCUGAAGUUUUCCGUAACGUGUAUUCAGACAUAACGUGUUUUUAAUGUAUAGUCAGCGUGUUUAGGUUUCUAGUCUCGAAAACAAUUAUACAGAUUUCAGAAGAAACAUUUGUAGAUGUUUUUAAUUCCUAACACUAAUUUAUCUUUGCAAAUAUUUUAUAUGCAUAUAUUUGGAUAUAAAAUAGUAUACAUGAAAUUUAAUAAUGUCAGUGAGGGUGCUGUUACCAUCAUUAGUUGUCAUUGAUCAUUUACUACUCAAUGAUGGAACACAGGUUGUUGGAGUGAAAUAUUUAGGAUUGGAACCUUUCUGCCUUGAAUAGGACUUUUACCUUAGAUUCUCUCAUUUCCUUGGAGAUGGGGUUCAGGUAGGAACCAGAUAAUGUUCACUGCUGAAAAUUCCAUAAUGCUUUCGUUUAAGGGGAAGUCAAAGACUAUGAAAGCUAUUUUCACUUUAGUGCUAUCCAGCGCUGAGGAAGAAAAUUUAGUUUUCAUAUAGUGAGAAAUCAGAUUAUUGAAUUAAAUCUAUAACAAGUGAAAACCAGAAUGUACCAUCAUCUUUUUUUCCCAGUUGAAUAAAUGGCAUCAUAAAGAAGACUUGUUGCUAAGUUAAUACGUAAUGGAAAUGGCAGUAUAAUGGAAUUUGAAGAUUUUUAAUAUUGGUCAAAUAUAGUAGCUUUAUAAUGAAACCUUGAAUGGGCGAAACAAUUUCCUAUAAGUUGUAUAUCAUUGUUCACAGUGCUGCUCUGUUGAAUUACAUUAUGCAGCAAACCUCAGGUGCUGUUAGAGAGUGGAGAACAGCGUUUCUUUUUGGGGGCUUCUGAGGAAUUGCUAUUUAAGUGAUCAUUUGUGAAUGCUUGAUAAAUCUUUAUGGUUUUCUGUAUUUCUGUUAAACUCAGCUAUAGUUAAUGCCAGAAUCUCCUACCAUGAGUAAAUAUUUGGAUUUAUUUAAAUCUAAUCUAAUAAAAAGAAGUGGAGAUAGGAAGAGUAGGCAUUUACUUUUAAGUUAUUGAAAAUAUGUGCAAUGUUCUCCAGCUUAAAUUUGAACUGUGACUUAUUUUACAUUUGUUGAUUACAUUGUUUCUGAUGGUUUCAUAUGACUUAAAAAUUCUGCCUUUAAAAAAAAUUCAGAAAAUUUGCCUGAAUUACAUAUUUUGACCACCUAAGAAUUUAUAUUUGUAUCAGUAUUGAAUUUUGGCCACUGCUCCAAUUACUGUUGUGAAAUAAAGCAAACUUAUGUUUUUCUUGGA